GACCGCGGCGAGCCCCGCGGGGGAGCUCGCGGCGACGUGGAGCGGCAGACGUCAAAGGCGCGCGUCUCCAAUGGCAUCGUCGAGGCUCAGAAUUCGAACGAGAAAUCGACGAGCGUGGAGGACCGCGGCGAGCCCCGCGUCGGGGCUCGCGGCGACGUGGAACGGCAGGUGUUAGAGGCGUGCGAGUCUGACACCGUCGAGGUCCGACAGUUAAGCCGCAAAUCGACGAGGACGAUGGAGGCGAACAUCAACGGUUUCAAGGCCCACAGCUUCCUGAAGGACUACAACGAUGACAAAGGUUUCUCACACGGUUCCGAGUUCAACCGGAAAUUGGUCAGCAAGUUCAUGCUGAGGUACCAGUCGAAGGGUGCCACGGCGAACUUGUUCCCGUUCCACGGCGCGAAGGAGCUGAAGGCCCGCUUGAAGUGGGUGCGCAGGAACUCCUUCGACUACUCCAUGGCUGCGAUCAUCGUUAUGAACGCCAUCUAUUUGGGGAAUCAAACUGCGUGGGUUCUGCAUACCGUUCUGGAGCAAGGCGACAUAGACAACGGCCGAAGAUGGUUUUGGCUAGCGGGGGACAUUGCAUUCGCGCUCGUGUUCUUCCUCGAGCUGACCCUCAGGAUUUUCGCCUACCAGGUCAAGUUUUUUACAGGAAGUCAGAGGUGGUGGAACGCAUUCGACUGCUUCACAAUGUUCGCCACGAUCGUGGCGGUCCUGCUGGACCUGUUCCGGGCCCCGGAUAGCUUUGGCGUCGACCUCCUGAAAGUGGUGCGCCUCGCCCGGAUGGUGCGAACCUGA